CACAACGUGCUGAAGGACCGCCUUGACUAGUUUGUUCUGUUUUGGCGGCUUUGUGGAAACAUGGCGGAGAAUUUUAAAGACUGCAGUGUUUCAGACUGCAGCGGGAUGGAUUCUGGUGUCUCAGACUGCAGUGCUCCAGAAUGUCUCUUGGAUUGUGUCUCAGAUGAUGUCCCAGACUGUGUCCCACAUUGCAGUGUACUGGAUUCUGUUAUGUCAGAUCUUGGCGUCCCAGCCUGCAGUGUCUCUGAUUCCAGUGUCCCAGACUACAGUGUCUCUGAUUCCAAUGUCCCAGCCUGCAGUGUCUCUGAUUCCAGUGUCCCAGACUGCAGUGUCUCUGAUUCCAGUGUCCCAGACUGCAGUGUCUCUGAUUCCAGUGUCCCAGACUACAGUGUCUCUGAUUCCAAUGUCCCAGCCUGCAGUGUCUCUGAUUCCAGUGUCCCACCCUGCAGUGUCUCUGAUUCCAGUAUCCCAGCCUGCAGUGUCUCUGAUUCCAGUGUCCCAGACUGCAGUGUCUCUGAUUCCAGUGUCCCAGACUGCAGUGUCCUGGUUUCUGACCUCCCACCCUGCAGUGUUCCUUGUAAGCUGCGUUCGGAUGAGCUGGAAGCUUUGUGUCGUAUGGAGAUGCUGCACUGCCAGGAGCUUGGAGUGAACAAAGCCAAUGUUAAUGAGUGGGAGGUGGAGUUCCUCUGUGACUACAAGAGAACCAAGGGUGAAGAAUUCUACUUGGUCAAGUGGAAAGGCUUCCCUCACUCUGUUAAUUCCUGGGAACCCAAGAGGAACCUUAAAUGUCCCAAACUGAUGAAAGUGUUCCACCAAGACCUGGAUUUGAUCCUAAAGCUUCAGAAGAAACGAACCCUCCCUAAGCAGUUGGAUAAGGAUGUGUCUUCAUUUAUGGUUCAGAAAGCCAAACUACGUCAAAGUCUGCAGCAAUGGGAGGCCCACUUGAACCAGACUCGUAAUCACCCAGGUCGUAUUUUGGUUUCAAACGAAGUGGACCUGGAAGGUCCUCCAAAAAACUUCACCUACAUUAACAACUACAAAGUUGGUCCAGGCAUUGUGCUGGAUGAGAUGGCUGUGGGCUGUGAAUGCAAGAACUGUGUGGAAGAACCCGUGAACGGCUGUUGCCCAGGAGCCUCUCUGCACCGUAUGGCCUACAACAACAAGGGCCAGGUCCGUAUCCGGCCAGGGAAGCCCAUAUAUGAGUGUAACUCCCGGUGCAGCUGUGGGAUCGACUGUCCCAACAGAGUGGUUCAAAAAGGAAUCCAGUUUGAUUUCUGCAUCUUUAAAACGGAGAACGGCCGAGGGUGGGGUGUUCGCACGAUGCAGCACAUCAACAAGAACACAUUCGUCAUGGAGUACGUUGGAGAGAUCAUCACAACCGAUGAGGCGGAGAAGAGGGGUCACUUCUACGAUCGCCAAGGCUCCACAUACCUGUUUGAUCUGGACUACGUGGAUGAUGUGUACACCGUGGAUGCAGCUCACUUUGGAAACAUUUCCCAUUUUGUCAACCACAGCUGUAACCCCAACCUGCAGGUAUUCAACGUCUUCGUUGAUAACAUAGAUGAGAGGCUUCCCAGAAUCGCCUUAUUUUCAACACGUGGAAUUCGUGCAGGAGAGGAGCUCACCUUUGACUAUAAGAUGCAAAUUGAUCCAAUGGACACAGAAAGCACCAAGAUGGACUCCAGUUUCAGUCUAGCAGGACUUUCUUCAUCACCUAAAAAGAGGCUUCGAGUAGAGUGUCGAUGCGGAUCYGACUCCUGUCGAAAAUAUCUCUUCUGACCCAAUCACAGCAUGAACACUGUUGACAAAUCUGAACAUUUGUACAGUUUUAAAUAUGUUGUAACAGCUGCCACGGCCUUUUUAUAUUUGAAAUUUUUUACACUUUGGAUUGUURUUUAAAAUUAAGAGUUUUACUGAGUAAAAUGUGAACUGUGUUUGAAUGAAUUUGAUGCUUUGAAGUCUAGUUGAGUAAUUUACAAAGCAAGAAAUGACCAAUUUAAUCAAUGCUAGAACUGAGAUGUAAUAAACUGGAAUGAAACCACACAGUUKUGGUUCUGAUUAGUCUGACUCCUUUCAGGACGGUGGGCUUUUCUGUCACUCGCUUUUGAUAUUUUUUGUUUUAAAAUGAUUCUAAAAUGUCAUGUUGUGAUACAAAACUGUCAGUCUGUGCUCUGAUGUUUGGAUUGAAGUUCAUGUUCUGUUCAAACAGGGCUCAUUGGUCCAGAGUCCAACAUGAACUAUUGUCACUUGAUUCUAGAUAUUUUACCUUAGUUUACAAUGAUGUUUUUGUCUUCUGGUGURUGGUUUUGCAGCCUGAUACUGACCCAGACUCACGCCCAAACCAGCUUGAGUUUUUGGGUCGAGMUCAAGUAAAUGAAGCUUCUGAAUGAAAGAACAGUUGAGGGUGGAACCAAAGAAAACACGAGCAGCGCUCUGACUUGAGGUGAKAUGGUUUAGCUGUGGUUAAAACUGUCCCAUCAGAGCAAGGUCUAAAGGUCUCUUCCUGGCCUGGAGCCUUCCUGUUAGGAGUUUACAUGUUGUCUUUGUGCAUGUGUGGCUUUUUGUUUUGCCUACUCUGGUUUCCUCUCACAGACGUAAAACAUGCAUGCUUUCUUAGUUGGUAACUAAAUGAUCCCAAGGUAAGAGCGAGAAGCUGAAUGUUUGCUUCUCUUGA